AUGGUUUCCAUUGUCGAACCCAAGACUAAGCUGUGCAGGUUGCGACUCGACAACAGUAUACCAACUUGGAGAUACCUAUAUCAAGGAAGCUUUCCGAAUCUGAGUCCAAAGCCUUGGCUUGGUGCUUAUCACUCUUCCGAGAUACCUUUCAUCUUCGGGACGUACAAUGUGUCAACACCAUACUCUCAGCCUGCAUCAAAAGCCGAGAUUGAAACUAGCAGAUAUAUGCAAGAAGCAUGGGUUGCAUUUGCCAAAGAUCCCCGUCACGGUCUAAGCAAUUAUGGGUGGCCACAGUUUAAUUUUCAGAGUCAGUAUAUUUCUUAUGAGUUUAUACUCUUUGAAGUCAUCUAUGAAUCUCAAACUGAUGCUCUACUAUUCUUCUUUGGCAGGUGA